GGCCGAUCGACGUUCAGUCGGCCCCGACCAGCAACCGUCGCUGUCGUGUCCCGUAUAGCACUCACAUUUUAUUAUUAGAAAUAAUAUUCAGUCUCUUGUAGUCCUCCGCAGUCUGGUUCAGCACUUUGCGCAUUAUAUAGAGGAACAUCAGGAGACCGUCGAUCCUUCCGUACGGCAAACCGAGCACGCCUGCACCGCCCCGCAGACAUGGAUACGUCCCUGCUAUGGUUAACGCUAUUGGGCUGCGUAAUGUGUGCGUUCAGCUCAGAUGCGCCACCGCCCGCGUCGAACGAAGUGUCCGGAUUCAGGAUGAUGUUCAACGCGUACCGGCAGUGCUCGGACCAACAGGAAAUGGUCGUGUGCCUGAAGAGCCGAGCCCUGAGGAUGCUGGACAGAGCCAUGCAGAUGGAAAACAUCCCGAUUGUCGACGGCGUGGCUCUGGUGAAGAAAUCGGAAAGUAACGGCAGAUCGCUGGAGGUGGACGGCAACAGCGAGGUGGCCGAGAACGUGAUACCCGAGAAUUCGGCCGAUUUCGGUAAGCUAGUGGACUCGAUGUUGUACGACAAGAUGUCCAGGUUCGCUAGGUCCAGAUCGCUGCAGCUGUCCAUGCCGCAGAUGUUCGACGAAGGGAGAGACCUCGAUGACGGUGUGUACUUGACCGGUCGUAAGAAGAAAAAGGACAAGGGCGGUCAGAUGUACCUGAUGAUGCUGAAGGGCGGUCUGCUGGCGAUGGCUUACAAGGGUCUGGCGCUGCUAGCGGGUAAAGCACUGCUGGUGAGCAAGAUAGCGCUCACGCUGGCCCUACUGGUGGCGUUCAAGAAGCUGUUCAGUGGCGGCCAAGGUCACGGCGGCUCGUCCAAGACCACGUACGAGAUCGUCAAGCAGCCGGUGGUGACGCACGCGCACCAGUACGCGGCGGCAGGAGCGACGGACACGUUCGGAAGCUACGACAACAGCGGUCCUUACGCCAGGAGCAUCGCGCAACCGGACAUGCCGUACCCACAGCUGGCCGCGUAUAGAGCUCACGUCAAGGGUGGCGGGGUCGGUGGCAGCAGUAGCGGUCCCAUGAUGAUGUCCUCGUCCUCGGCGGUCUCGUCGCCGACCUCGGGCCCCAGUGGCGUUCAGCACGAUUCCAGCCUCAGGGACGAGGCCCUGUGAACGCGAUCUCGUCGCGCCUGCACUGAACACGCUCGUCCCCAACAACCCAACAAUACAUACCAGCCAACCGUCGAACGAUCGCCAUCACGCGAACGCGAUUCACUACACCACGACAACGGCAACCGCGCAACGACCACACAAUAAUAAUAUACUCUUUGUCGCCGCCGCCGCGCGGGCGUACUCGCCAACCAUGCGAGGUCCCUAUAUAUAUAUAUAUAUAUGUAUAGAUAUUUAAAUAUACAUAUCUUCGGAUCCGUUCAAGACUAUAAUAUUUUAU